GAUUUGCGGUUCACGUUCAUCGGAGAAACCGUAAAUCUCAUUUUUUGAGACACAAGAUAUUACUGUGCCUCGAUCAGCAAUUAAAAACGGUCCUUUAAUUGUCGACCCAAUUAUAAUAUUCAGCAAUACCUAACUAUACAAUUCGGUUGGUGACAGUAUGUACGAUGUAUCCACAAUAUGUGUUAUCUAUGGAAUCACAUUUAUUGAUCAAGUAUAUAGGUUCAGUUUCACUGAAGCAUGAAGCACUGGCUUUAAGAUUAACUUCAAUGUCUACCCUUCAUCAAAGAUUGUGCAAUAAAUUACCCUUCAUUCCAGAGCUACCUACCCUCAACAACAUAUGACUGGUGGUCAUGAAAGAUAUAAUACUUUUUUAGUUCUCAGUUGGUCUCUAAUCCUACUGUAGAGGGCAUCGACGUGGUAGAAAACUCCUGGAGCAAGUACCUACCGCAUAUAUGACGCAUUUUACCGCAAAUGUCAUUAUUUAUCAUGGUAGUAAAUACAAAAGACAGGCGGCCUUUGUUUUCAGUACUGAAGCGUGAUAUAUUUAUUUCUUAUGCAAAUUAUUUUUUUAAUUGUCCAACCAAAUAAUAAAUUAGAAAUGUACCUCUUGCACAGGUGGUCCCUAUAAUCUAGUAAGUGGUUGCCAUAUUUCUAGGCGGACUGUCUCAAAUUUCUUGUUGUGGAAAAAAUGAGAUAUUUUAACAAUCCUUACGACGAUUUCUCCCCGGAAGCUGCAGAAGGUCUGAUUUCGUCAAACAAGUUGCAUCCAGAUUCGACAGUAGCAUGUGCUGUAGAAUCAAAAUGGGAUUGGACGAUGAGAAAGUUAGAUCACUUGGACUUCAGUGAUAAUUCGGUAUAUACCGGAACUUCAGGAAUUGCGCUUUUAAAGUUACUCAAAGAUCCCAAUGGGGAGCAGAAUCUGAAGGAGGUAAAGCAUCUGCUGAACUUAAGGAAGCUGAAGUACAAACGAUACUCGUUUUUGUGUGGAGAUGCGGGCCCUCUAGCUAUCGGGGCAGUUGUCUGCCAUAGGCUCAAAGAGAAGCAAGAAUCCGAAAAACUGAUAGAAAAAUUAUUGGCUAUGUCUGAUAGUGCUGUUAACAGUAAAUCAGAUCUUCCGAAUGAAUAUUUGUAUGGCCGCGCAGGGUAUUUGUACGCAUUAUUGUAUGUCAAUAAAAACAUUCACCCACCUCCUAUUGGCAACCAACUUAUUAGAGAGGUGAUAGAAGCCAUUUUUGUUUGUGGUAGAACUGAAAGUCGUCUGGGAAAAUUCAAGUGUCCCCUUAUGUACCAAUGGCACAAUAAACAGUACUUGGGAGCCGCACAUGGUGUUUCAGGUAUACUGUAUCUUCUUCUGCAAGCUAAGGAACAUUUAAGUGAAACAGAAUUGAAUAACUUUAUCAAGCCUACUGUGGACUAUUUGGCAGAUUUAAAAUAUUCAAGCGGGAACUACCCAUCCUCUUUGGGCAAUGACGAUGAUAAAUAUGUUCAGUGGUGCCAUGGUUCUCCGGGAUUUGUGUACUUGUUCAGUACUGCUUAUAAGGUGUACGGAGAUUCAAAAUAUUUAGAUUUAGCCCUACAAGCAGGCGAGGUUGUCUGGAAAAGAGGACUAUUAAAGAAGGGUUAUAGCAUUUGCCAUGGCGUUUCCGGAAACGCGUAUUGCUUUCUCGAAUUAUUUCAACUAACACAAGAGAUGAAGCAUCUAUACAGAGCAAUCAAGUUUACAGAAUGGUGUGUCACUUACACAAGGGAGCACGAAGAAUAUUCACCCGACCGUCCCGCGUCGUUAUUUGAGGGAGUUGGGGGUCCGAUGUAUCUACUCAUGGACAUCCAAGAUCCAGCGAACUCGAAAUUUCCGGGUUACACACUUUAGAUUGUCAACAUCUCGUGUAUCAAUUUAUUAUUAAUAAAUCAUUCAACUAAUA